AUGCUAUCUCGCGCUGCUCGCCAAAAAUAUGCCUUCCACCAGCUGCAGCGAUCAUAUGAUCAGUUAGCACUUCCAUGGCUCUGUCCAGCUCUUUCACGAUGCCAAUCCUCCCUCGCCCGAGCACGUUCCUCCCGGUCUGCAUCAAUACCGUCGCACGUCUCGCUCUUCGCCAGCUUGCAGUCAUCCCGCGCUUUUGCAACGGCAACUUCGGACCAUUACAUACCCUUCGAAGGUGGAGAGUCGUACACAAGUAAUAUCGGAUCAGAGCCAAAUUCUUUUCCCUCGUUUGCAUCGCCUCUUCCGUUCUCAGAUCCGUCUGAUCCCGCAGAGCGAGAUGCGUCGUCCCUCAUUGUCAUCAAGGAUUACCUAGCCACAAGGCCGAAAACAGUUCGCAGAGAAAAGAGCAUCGGCGGUCAUUCUGACGAAAUGCUAGCAAAUCUCGACGUAAGCUUGGCUGUUGGCAUGUUCGACCGUGCCGCUCUUCUUGUUCGCCGCCUGUCGACCCUUUAUCCCCCUGGGUCUCCCCAGAUCCUGGAGUUGCACAACAAAUAUAUCCGAAUGAUAGUAUCCCAUAUGAUUCUAAACCGGCGGCCAGGUAUGGUAUGGGCGGUACAGAAAUGGUUUGAGGUGGACAUGAGGCAAUUGGGAAAUGUCGAGCCAGAUGCGACUUCCUACGCCUUGAUGCUGCGCAUGUCUUUGAGAAUGCUCCUUGGCCCAAAGCGUGACCGGACCGUGCGUCGCUAUUGGGAAAUGGCUAAAGUGGCGAAUGUUGAAGAGGACGUGUUAGGCCUACCCAUACUUUCAGAAGGCGAUCUCGGGAUACUCUCUGAGAUAUGUUCGUCCGACCUUCAGGCCGCUGCACUCGGUGACCUUGGUGAUCUUUCAGACAUUACUGAACCCGCCAAGGAAGAUUUGAUUUCUCCAUUGGAGGAUUUGGCGUUAGUCCCUGAAGUCAAAGGCACCGCCCAAAAAGGGUUGGGACUUAGCUCCUUGAAAGAAACGUUGUCACUCUUUAACAAGUCGAAACUGAGCUCGGGAUUUGAGCAGUGCCAGGACUCUGCAACAGAGAGGCAGCGACGGCUAGAGCGAGACUCCUUGACUGCAGCAGUCGAACGUUGGCGAAAGGAAAACGAGGCAAUGAGCUCAAAGGGCGUCGGAACAGCCACUUCGGAAGCAAAAAUGGGUUCACUUCUUUGGGACUGGCAUCAGCAUCUCAUCGCGAACAUUCAAAUGGAGAUGGGGUCCAUUUCCAAAGCCCAAGUCAGUGAAAAAAAGACCUCGGAAGAUAACGAGCGAUGUGAAUAUGCGCCGUUUAUGCUUGCCAUAGGUGGAGAGAAACUGGCGGCAGUCACCAUUCUCGCAACAAUGAAUGCGCUAGGGAGGUCAGGAAUGGAUAAGGGCAUAAGGCUUACUCAUCUCAUCAUGCUUCUGGGUCGCGCAGUGCAGGAGGAAUACAUUGCUGAUCGCAUGCGUGAAUCGGCCGUUUCGUCUUCGGACGGAAAUAAUGCCAAGAGGGCAAAGUACAUGGAGAAGUUAAUCUCAUCGAAAAACACCAAACAGGGAAAUUCUAAAUGGAGACAUAUGGUGAAAAAGUACAAAGAGAACCACGAACAUACAACUUGGACUACGGCAAUUGAAGCGAAGGUUGGCGCAUUACUGGCAUCAAUGCUUUUUUCCUCUACAAAAGUCUCCGUUAAACAUCGAAACUCCGAUACUGGUGAGGUUACUUUUACUACACAGCCUGCUUUUCGCCACGUCUACCAGUUGGAAAGGGGGCACAAUAUUGGAUUUGUGCAGCUCCAUAACAGUGUCGUGGAAAAAUUUCGUAAAGAACCCGCCGACCACGUCCUAGCAAAGCAUUUGCCCAUGGUUGCUCCUCCGCGGCCUUGGAACUCGUUUUGUGACGGUGGUUUUCUGGGUCAGCCUACAUCUAUCAUCCGUACCCAAUCGGGUAGCCCAUUGCAGCUGCAGUAUGUCAAAGCAGCGGCGAAUCGUGGUGAUCUCAAUGAAAUCUAUACUGGGCUGAAUGUUCUCGGAAAGACAGGCUGGCGCAUUAACAAAGCGGUCUUUGACGUGAUGCUUGAAGCCUGGAACUCCGGUGUUAAAGUGGCUGAUAUUCCUCCUGCUGACCCCAAAAUUCCCGAUCCGAUUAAACCAGAGACUGGCGAUUCAAGUGUCCUGAAACAGUACUACCGUUCCAAGAUGAUUGCUGAUAAUCAGCGAUCGGGGUUUCAUUCCCAAAGAUGCUUUCAAAACCUCCAGUUAGAAAUUGCCCGCUCAUACAUUGGCGAAACAUUCUAUCUACCACAUAAUUUAGAUUUCCGUGGUAGAGCUUACCCGCUUCCUCCGUAUUUCAACCAGAUGGGCUCUGACAUGUGUCGUGGGCUUUUACUUUUUGACGAAGGCCGGGAACUUGGUGAACGGGGCUUGCGAUGGCUUAAAAUCCAUCUUGCAAAUGUUUUCGGAUUCGAUAAAGCCAGUUUUGACGAGAGAGCCCAGUUUGCUAUGGACCAUUUCGAUGAUGUCACCGAUUCUGCAGAAAAGGGCCUUCAUGGGCAGAGAUGGUGGCUUAAGGCUGCUGAUCCAUUCCAGUGUUUAGCAGCUUGUAUUGAAUUGAGAAACGCUCUCGCUUCCCCCGAUCCAACAAAGUUCGUGUCUCGGUUGCCCAUUCACCAAGAUGGUUCGUGCAACGGACUGCAGCAUUACGCUGCCCUCGGAGGCGACGUAAUCGGUGCCCGCCAGGUGAAUCUUGAACCAUCAGACCGUCCGUCGGAUAUCUACUCUGCCGUCGCAGACCAUGUUCAUGAGUCGAUUGUUCAAGAUGCCGCUGCUGGUGACGAUCUUGCGAAGAUGCUUCAGGACAAAAUUAAUCGAAAAAUUGUCAAACAGACAGUAAUGACAAAUGUCUAUGGUGUUACCUUUCUUGGGGCUAUACGGCAGGUCCAAAAACAACUCGACGAAUUUUACCCAGAACUUAUCGGAAAAGAUUUGGCAGUGAAGCCUGCAACGUAUGUGACGAAAAAGAUUUUUGCCGCCUUGAGCUCGAUGUUUACUGGAGCACAUGAUAUUCAGUUCUGGCUCGGUGAUUGUGCCAAUCGCAUUACUCAAUCCCUAUCCCCAGAGCAAGCUGAAGCUAUCCGAACAGAAAUAGAAAGCCCGAGCCCCGCAGCUUCAAAAUCAAAAUCAAAAUCAAAAUCAAAGAAGAAAGUUGCAAAGGAUCUUUUGUCCUCUAACUUUAGGUCUACGGUAAUCUGGACAACUCCGCUUAAAUUGCCCGUGGUUCAACCUUAUCGAGAAGCCAAAACUCGACGCAUCCCUACUGCAAUACAGACGCUGAGCAUUAAAGAACCUCACUCUUCCGACGUUGUUAGCCGACGCAAACAACUUCAAGCUUUUCCUCCCAAUUUCAUUCAUUCUCUUGAUGCGACUCAUAUGAUGCUCUCUGCAAUUAAAUGUGACGAGCUUGGCCUUUCUUUUUCGGCUGUCCACGAUUCGUUUUGGACGCAUGCCGGCGAUAUUGAUACAAUGAACGGUGUCUUACGCGAUGCAUUUGUCCGAAUGCAUUCUGAAGACAUUGUAGGUCGAUUAGCCGCAGAGUUCAAAGCUCGAUAUUCAAACAACUUCUACCUUGCCAAACUAAAGCCAAGUGCUGCAGUGGCUAAGAAAAUAAAUGCCUGGCGCAAGAAGAACGGAAGAGGCAAAGGCAAAGAACAUCAAGCCGACGAAUUGAUACUUGAGCAGAAGCGUUCUAAGUUACUUCGAUCGGAGAACGAAGCGGAGAGGAAAGAAGGAGAAGCAAUGACCACCCCCGGAAGCAUCUUCGCUGCCUCCAAAAACGGCGAUGCUUCUCUAAUUUCAGUACAGUCUCUUGGCGUUGCCGCAAUGGGACAGAUCUCCCCCGAGGAAGCCGCCGAGACUGCCAAAUGUUCAGUGGGUGUCGAAGAGCAGACGAGCUCGCUGGCCGAGUUGUUUGAUGACGAAGUGGAUCUCUUUGAGACAGUGGAGGCCCCGGAAGCUGUCGCCGGCAAACCCAAGAAAAAAGGGAAUGCAUACACCUGGCUCUGGCUACCGGUAACGUUCCGUCCUGUUCCGUCUAAGGUACAAUUUAUCUUUUCAUCUACAGGAGAGUUUCAACAUGCUAACCUAGAUUCUAGGGCGAGUUUGACGUCCAACGAUUGA